GAAGCCGACGCGCAGAGCAACACACAGGCUCCAAGCCAGCGCAGCCAAAGAAAAAUGGCCACGGCCCUCUCCCUGAGCGGCGGCAGCGGCGGCGGCGGGUCCCUCCUCCGCCGGUCCCCCGCCUCCUUGGCGCGGUGCUGCGUCGUGCCCCGCUCCUCGCGCCGCAGGGCCCCGACGCGGCGCCUGGCGGCGUCGCGCGCGGACGACUCGCAGCCGGCGCCGUUCGAGAUGACGCUGGAGGGCGCGCUGAAGCUGCUCGGGGUCGCGGAGGGCGCGUCCUUCGACGAAAUCCUGCGCGCCAAGAACGCCGUCGCCGCCUCCUGCAAGGGCGACCAGGACGCCGUCGCCCAGGUUGAGGCUGCCUAUGACAUGCUGCUAAUGCAGAGCUUAUCACGGAGGAGGGCUGGCAAGGUUGUUGAUAACAGCAUCCGCUACGCUGAUGUGAAACCUAUCAAAACUGCAGGAUCAGCCCCGCAAUGGAUGCAGUCAACCUUGAAGAAUGUGCCUCUGACAUUGGAGCCUCCAUCUUCGAGCAACCUGGGCAUCCAAUCGUCCAUUUACGGUGCAUUGGCGGUCUUAACGUAUGCUAGUGGAACCUCUACAUCUUUACCGUCAGCGUACACUGGCCCUGAUGUGCCUGGAUUUAUCCUAGCCACAGGAUUCGGCGCUUCGUUGUACUUUCUGACAAAGAAAAAUAUGAAUUUAGGCAAGGCUGCAUUGAUCACCGCCGGGGGUCUCGCGGUGGGCGCGACGGUGGGAUCGGGCGUGGAGAACUGGCUGCAGGUCGACAUCGUGCCCUUCCUAGGCAUCCAUUCCCCCUCCGUCGUCGUCACCGAGUUCAUCCUCUUCUCGCAGUUGCUUGUAUCGUUGUUCGUUAGAUAGGAAAAUUCUUGAAGAAAACAAGGUGUCAGUUGGCCCUGUAAUUAACUGAAAUGGAUGGAAUGGGCAUCUUUUCCACGGAAGAUGCGAAGCAGCUGUGUAUAGCGAACAGUACAGCGACAUCCCUGUCCCUCAUACUGCAAUGAUCACCUGUAUCUAGUCCCAUAUUAAUUUCUUUUUUCGGUUUC